GCAUCAUAAGAUCGCUCUUAUCAGUAGCUUUCUACCUCACCAUCAGUUAGGAUAGAACCACAAGCUGCUACGUUUCAUCACGAUCUCGCUACAGUUUCAGUAUGGCUCUCACAGACUUCCUUGCUGCGGCAGAUAUUACUUCAGCUAUCAAUGCUUGCAAAGCAAACGACUCCUUCAGCCCAAAGAAGUUUUUUGCGAUGGUGGGCUUGUCCAAGAAGUCUCCCCCUGAGAUUGAGAAGAUCUUCAUGAUCCUGGACCAGGACAAGAGUGGCUACAUCGAACAGGACGAGCUACAGCUUUUCCUCCAGAACUUCUCCAAGGGGGCUCGUCCCCUGACAGCGGCUGAGACCAGAGCCUUUCUCCUAGCUGGGGACAAAGACGGGGACGGAAAGAUAGGCUGGGACGAGUUCUCCAACCUUGUCAUGUCUUCAUAAAGAGAGGAAGAUAAAGAAGAUGUUUAUUUUUGACAAUCUUGUAGUUUGAAGACAAGCAGUACAUGGUCUGUGUGAAUCUACUCAGUGCCUUCUGGGUUGGUCCAGCCUCUGUCUGUCAGUACACGUAGUGCAAUAUGCUGUAUGCUAGUUUUGACUAAGGAAAAUAUGAUAUUGUAAACCAAUACAAAUAAACAGUCUUUGGCUUAACACUU